AUGCCGACACACGGAGAGAGAAACCUCGAGCUCGGGAACCAGGCUUAUGCUGCUUCCUUUGACCAGGGACAUUUAGCACUUCCACCUAGUCAGAGAUACACUAUCGUAACAUGCAUGGACGCCCGUAUCGAUCCUGCUGCUGCAUUCGGCAUUCCUCUUGGAGCCGCCCACGUAAUACGCAACGCUGGCGGAUGCGUAAAGGAUGCGUUCCGAUCGAUCGUUAUAUCGCAACAACUUCUUGGUACGAGAGAGGUCAUACUUGUCAAGCACACUGGAUGCGGCAUGCUCACGUUCGACAACGAGACUGCGAGAGCCAUGGUCUUGAAGAAGAGAGGAGAAGUGGCCGCGAGAGAGGUCGAGACACUUGACUUCCACACAUUUCGCGAUCUGGAGAUACAAGUCAAGAAAGACAUACAAUGGUUACGGAUCAAAGCGAUCGAGGAGAACAUUAGAUUCAGCGGUUGGAUAUACGACGUAGAGACGGGAAAGACGAGCAGGAUUGUGUAA